CCUUCUCCUCUGCACACUGCAUCGAGCUUUCUCUGCGGCUGGAAGAAUCUCGCCCGAAUCACGCUGCUCAAGAGAUAACUGCUCCGGUGUUCUGCUCCUACAUCUCCUCCUGCUUUGCCUCCUCUCUCUUGAGUUUGGCAUGGGAGUUUUCACCGUCUCUGGUUCGGCUUCGCGUGGUCCGCUGGGCUUUGAUUUGAGAUUCAAGACGAACAACUCUUAUUCUCUGAGGAAACCGCUUGUUUUAGCCUUCAAAUCGGAUCAACAGAUCGCUCAAAAACCCAAGAGUUCUUCGGCAUUGUCAACUUCGUCAGAACACCUGCCUUUAGCUGUUGAGAGUCUUGAGACUAUUAAUCACCAGCCCAAGAAGAGAAGGGGCAGAAAACCCAGGAAGACAGCCAAUGCAGCUGUUAUUGAUAUUGUGGAAAUCGAUUAUGACGAAGCCGCGGCCGCCCUCGAGAACAUAUAUAAGCUGAGCCCUACCCAUGUUCCUGAUAUGGAACUGGAAGCUCCCCGCGAUCGGAAUAGGCGGAAAAGAAGUAAGAAGGACCAAGGGACUGCUAAUUCAGAGAGUGAUGCCGGUGCAAGUGGCGUCGUCUUUAAUGGGAGGAGGAGGAGUAAGCGCCUAAGCCUAGAGAGUAGGAUUGCUUUGAAGAAUAUCAAGAAAGAAGAGACGACUAGUGGUUCCAAACUGCAGGACAAGAGAGCACGAGAAACAGGGGAUGUUGACAGGCUUCUCAGGGAGCACUCUGCUUCCACUGAUUUAGUCAGCACGGAUUGGAAGAAAAUGAAGAUCCCACCUGUACUUCCUUCUUCCGAGCACACCUGGCUAUUCAAAUUGAUGCAGCCAAUGAAGGCUAUUCUUCAAGUGAAGGAAAACUUGGAGAGGGACCUGGAAAGAACACCCACUGAUGUUGAACUUGCAACAGCCACCAACAUGAGUGUGCCUGAACUUAGGAGACAAUUGCAACUGGGCAAAGCUGCAAGAAACAAGCUUGUCAAGCACAAUCUUCGCCUGGUUUUAUUUGUGAUAAACAAAUAUUAUCAAGAAAUUGCAAGCGGUUCCAAAUUCCAGGAUUUCUGUCAAGCUGGGGCAAAAGGUUUGAUAAUGGCCAUUGAUCGGUUUGAACCAAAACGAGGAUUUCGUCUCUCCACUUAUGGCCUCUUCUGGAUCCGUCAUGCAAUAAUGCGAUCAUUGACCCUGUCAAGCUUUACGCGUGUCUCGUUUGGCUUAGAAUCUGUAAGAUUAGAGAUACAAAGGGCAAAACUAGAACUACUGUUUGAGCUGGAAAGAAUGCCAACCGAAGAAGAGAUAAUAGAAAAGGUUGGGAUUUCAUUUGAAAGAUACCAUGAAGUUAUGCGGGCGUCAAAACAGGUGCUCUCUUUGAAUGCAAGGCACUCCACAACACAAGAGGAGUUCCUAAAGGGAGUAACAGAUAUGGAAGGAGUUGGUUUUGAGAGGCGUAGAUCACCUGCAAUUCUGAGACUUGCUCUUGAUGACGUGUUAGACUCAUUGAAGCCGAAGGAAAGUUUGGUGAUUAGGCAACGAUAUGGACUUGAUGGAAAAGGUGACAGGACACUGGGGGAGAUUGCUGGAAACCUGAGCAUUUCAAGAGAGAUGGUUCGAAAGCAUGAAGUGAAGGCACUCAUGAAGCUUAAGCAUCCAGCUCGAGUCGAUUACCUUCGCAGAUACGUCAUGUAACCACAGUCGCGGCAGCAAUUGCAUGAGUUUUGCACUCUUCACCAACAUCAUGAUCAUCAUACAUCAUGACCUGCUUCAGUCAUGAACCAAGAAGAAGCUUUAUGCCAUGUCAUGUCACGAUACCUGUACAUAUGAAUUUAUACCAGAAAUUCAGUCACGGGCCGAGUCUUUACUCUUGUAUAAUUGAUGCUUAUCCUUAAAAGGAUCUAUGCAUUUGCAAAUAUGUAUCAUAUAUCUUAUGCAGUGAUUAAAAUUUUUCCACAAUUUAUAUAUAUGAUAUGUGAAUUUCAUA